AAAGAACGGUUUUUUUUUUUGCCACUUUAUAAAAACCGGCAACUAACCGUUACUUCUCUCUCUCUCUCCCUCCCCGUUGUCGUAGGGAUCGAAACAGAGUUCAGGUCCUCUGCAAGACCUCGGAGUCAAUCCAGAGUUCCUGUCGGUGUCUGUUCAUCGAUCGUUUCGUGGAUUUGAAUUCUUCGAUCGAUCCCCUCGCGGCUCGAGAAUAUGUUCGUCAAGAAGUUUGUCGAGAAGUCAACGAAGAAGCCCGGAGGGAGCUUGCCGGAAGGCCUGAGAGCCAAUGACGUUGAACCACGUGUUGUUUUCCAUUACGGAAUCCCGUCGGGAUCUUGCAUGUUUGGUUAUGAUCCGAUUCAGAAGAUUCUCGCAGUUUCCACAAGGGACGGUAGGAUCAAAUUGUUCGGGAAAGAUCACACACAGGCUUUACUUGUCUCGGAAGAAGCCUCGACGACCAAGUUUCUUGAUUUUGUUCACAACCAAGGCAUUCUUCUCGUCGUCAAUGUCAAGAACAGGAUUGAGGUAUGGGACAUAGACAAGAAGCUUCUGUCUCAUGUUCAUGUUUUCAACGGGAAGAUCACCUCUUUUCGAGUUAUGCAGGUUAUUCCCUACUUCAGUUAUGUCGGAGAUUCCUCUGGUAAUGUAACAGUGCUGAGGCUUGUCCCGGAUUCUGGUAAGGUCGUACAGAUGGAUUACACUAUACCUUUUGUAGCAUCCAAUGGAUCUCCUGGUGACACUGCUGUGAUAAACAUUCUGCCACAACCAAUGACUGAGAGAGAGAGGAUCCUGCUGAUAUUCGGAAACGGGGUUAUAGCAUUGUGGGAUAUUACCGAAAGCAGGCCUAUUCUGAAGAUGGGAGGGCACGGGAUUCAGUCGGCGCAGCACCAAGAUAUGAAGAAAGCCACUAGUGCUUGCUGGGUUUGCCCUCUCGGAAGCAAAGUUGUGGUCGGAUACAAUAAUGGCGAUAUCCUGAUAUGGAGCAUUCCUUCCAGAGGUGGAUUCCACUCGGAGAAUAGAACUCAACCCUCUAUUAUUUGCAAGCUUAACCUCGGUUACAAGUCUGAGAGGAUUCCCAUAGCUUCUCUGAAAUGUGUCUAUGGGGAGGGAAAGGCAAGCAGGCUUUAUGUCAUGGGUUCGUCUUCAAACCUGUUGCAGGUGGUGUUACUGAAUUCGCAUACAGAGACUCGUACGAUUAAGCUGUGGAUUCAUGCUUCAGAGCCUUGCAUUGAUAUGGAGAUCAUUACAGAUGUUACCGAGCAUUACAGAGACAAACGGGAAUAUCUGCUUGUGCUGGGAAAAUCCGGGCGAGCGUAUGCUUAUGACGACUUUAUGAUCGAGAAGUAUCUGGUAGCGUCUCAAUCAAAGUCGCUACCUUCCUCCCCGAAGGAGAUUAUGGUUAAGAUUCCAUUUGCAGAAUCUAGCAUCACGGUGGCGAAACUCCUUACCAACUCUUCACACAUACUGAAUACUUCAGACGAAGUACCUUCUGAUCUUUCUCACUGUACUGUAUCUGUAUUAUGUCGAUGUUCUCAAUCUUGUCUGAAAAAUGAACAACUUGGCCGUGUGAUUUUCCCAUGCUUUCAGGAAUAUACCCAGUUGAUGAAAAAUUCUACUCCGGUUCUUCCUUUUCAGACAGUUCCAAAGGAAAGAACUCAUUCGAGCACUGCACCUUUUCCCGGGUUCACAAAGGUUAAGAAUGUUUUGAUCACAGGUCACAGCGACGGAACUAUCAGUAUCUGGGACAUGUCUUGUCCACUUCUCCUCCCUGUCCUGUCCCUGAAAGAACAGACUGAACAAGAUACCUCUUCACGAGGCACGGCCUUGACAGCUUUGCACUACGAUAGCAAGACCCGGCUCCUUUUUUCCGGCAAUCAGAAGGGAACGGUUUACAUAUAUAAGUUUAAACCCGAGCCAUAUGCUACAGAGAACGGCUUUAUUCCCUUCCAAGGAGGUUUAAAGAAAGGAAAUAACCAUAUUGUUCACAGUGUUAAGCAUAUAAAGCUCAAUGGUUCCGUAACCUGUCUGCAGAAAAGCCAAACCUCGAGACAUCUUGUUGUUGGAUCCGACCAAGGACAUGUUUCUCUGGUAGAUGUAGAGGAGUUAACUGUGUUGUACCAAAAACAUAUCGGGAGCGAUAUCUCCCCAGGAAUCAUCUCCUUGCAAUUUCAGACUUGCAGUCUGCAAGGCUUCGAGAAGAACGUGUUGGUGGUUGCAACGAUGGAUUCUUCGGUUUCCGCUCUCGAUGUCGGCAUGGGAAAUAUGGUCGGAGCUAACGUGAUUAAGCCUAAGAAACCGUUCAAGGCUUUAUUCAUGCAGAUCUUGGGUAGGUCCUUCACCUGUUCGGUUUGGUUAACAUGCCAUGGUAUGAAGAUGCUCUAUCAUAUCUCCAUGUCUGGUGCAGACAAGAGGGAUGUUUCUCCAGCAAAUGGUUCGGACACGGUCGAAGACAUUACACCGAAACAGGCUUCUGUCUUGCUUUGUUCAGAGAAAGCUGUAUAUAUCUACUCCUUGUCACAUGUUGUCCAGGGAGUGAAGAAGGUUCUUCACAAGAAAAAGUUUGGUUCCUCCUCGUGUUGCUUUGCUUCUACUUUCUCUGGUGCUUCCGGUGUCGGCCUCACGCUCGUUCUUGCAGACGGGACAGUUGAGAUAAGGUCCUUGCCAGAGCUGUCCCUACUAAAGCAAACAUCCAUUAGAGGCUUCACUUACUCGUCUCCUAAACCAAACUCGUUACCAGAAACUGUGAUAUCCGCUUCCUGGGAUGGAGAUUUAGUCAUGGUGAAUGGAGACCAGGAACUUGUAGUCACCUCGGUUUUACCGCGAAGACACACCUUCAGACAUUUGGAUUCAAUCAGGCAAGUCUUCAGACAAGGUGUAGCUGCUGAUCGUGACGAUAAAGUGUCUGUGUCCGUGUCCAUGCCCAUGGCUGCAAACCCCGCCAAGGAAAAGAAGGGUAUGUUCGGUUCUGUCUUUGGGAGUGGUAAACCAAAGCGGGCAUUCGAGACAGAAACAGAAGACGCCAAGGGAAGUGUCAAGGAUCUGUCCAAAAGCUUUUCGGAAGCCAACUUCCCGUGGAACGUUAACAAAGAGGGAAGGACACUGGAGGAUGAAACACAGUUGGACAUAGACGACAUCGAGCUAGAGGAUCAGACGGAACAACGGAAAGAACAGGGAAUGCUGUCGGGGAUUAACAAGCAGAAGCUGGCGAGCAAAUUCAUCACUUCCUUCAAAGGGAAGCUGAAGCAGAAGAAGAAGGAGAAGGUGGUGAAGAGCGAGACGAGUACGAACAACGAAGAGAAAUGCAGCAAUGCGGUCGAUGAAAUCAAGAAGAGAUACGGGUUUUCGCCAUCCGGUGCGGCUGGAGCGGCGAGAAUGGCGGAGAGCAAGCUGAAGGACAACUUGAGAAAGCUGCAGGGAAUCAGCCUGAAAACGGCGGAGAUGGAAAACACUGCAAUGUCGUUCUCCUCUACAGCAAAGGAGUUGCUGAACGCUGUCGAGCAAAAUCAACGAAACCCUAAAUUGUUUCUCUGAUAAUUGGACCGCCCUGUAAAUAACUCCUGCAAAUAUACAUAUAUAUACAGUUUUUCUGAAAUAUAAGCAUCACCCGCAAUAAUGAAACCUGAUGAUGAAGACACUGGAUUGACCAGCGAAUAAGCCAGAUGCGCGGGCAGUGUCGCGGUCCAGGAUGAAUCUCGAAGACUUGUAUAACAUCCGAAAACUUUGGUCCUAAAUUCGAACGGUUCGGAUUCUAAAGCUUUGAAAUCAGAUCACAUAUCGAUUCAGAUAUCCAAAAUGUGAGAAUAGAGCAUUUUUUACUCGACCACCAGGAAAAUUAUGACUAGAAUCAACCCUUGAAAGACAAAAAAAAAAAAAAAAAAAAAGGAGAGAGAUGCGCCAUUACAAGAACCAGGGGAGAGAAAAAGACUGACAUGACAGCAUAAGCUUAUGGAAGCCAGUGGCUAUUCCUUUCGCUAUGAACGGGACAAAGAGGGAGAGAGAGAGAGAACAAAAAACACUUGGACGAAGAAAGUCAACCAAUCGAACAGCCUGGGAUAACAGAAAAUGACAAAACACAACAGCGAAACAGCAGCAGACAGAUGGCAUGUGAUAUGAUAGACCCAAACAAAAUGAAUGAUUCUAUAUUCCCUGGGAUACCCGAAGAAAGGAAGAUGACAAAUCAAGACAAUACCAUAACCAGAAAUGAAGCUCGGAUUAAAAAAAAAAAAACCAUUUUCAAG